AUGGGGACCUACACAUUUCAAUGGCCCUCUACCGCGAACGAGGUGUUCGUUACUGGCACAUUCGAUGAUUGGGGUAAGACGGUGAAACUGGACCGGGUGGGCGACAUUUUCGCAAAGGAAGUGUCUCUCCCGAUCGGAGAGAAAAUCCAAUACAAGUUUGUUGUUGACGGAAUUUGGACCACCGACAAGCGCACACGCGAAGAGACCGACGGCUCAAAUAAUCUUAACAACGUUCUCUUACCGGAAGAGAUCCAACCCCGGACCCAAACCCAGAUCCAAACCAAAACAUCUCAGAACCAAGCAACUCCAACCAUUCCCACUACAGCCAUGUCUGGUGUGACCCCUGACUCCACUACCGCCAUUCUGGCGGCCAAUGUGCCCAAGGAGGAGCUGAAUGGACAUCUCCCAGGUUCCUUCCCCGACACCCCGGGACAAGAGUCCGAGCAGAUCUUCUCUGUAAAUCCAAUCCCAGCCUCGGGUGGAUACGAGAACCCCAUCAAGCUCAACCCUGGCGAGAAGGUCCCAGACCCCAGCACGAUCCAUGGCAACACUGUCGAGUCAACCGUGAAACUGGACAAAGAGUCCUAUGAAAAGAGCGACAGCGUGCCCCUCGCCAGCGCUGGCACUCAGAGUGACACAGCUGGUCCCAGUGCUUUCACCUUGCCUCCUGUAUCCAAGAACACCGUCCCUGAAUCUAGUCUGCCAAUGGGCGGGCCUGCCCAGCGCGCUGCCUCUACUGAACUGGAACAAAAGCAAGCCGGAGGCCCCGCGCUACAGGCCGCCAUGGCUGACCCCGGUUUCACCAUUCAAUCCGCCCACCCCACCUCCACCACUGCCGCCUUGGCCGCACAAGUUCCCUUGGAGAACCAAACAAACGGCGCUCCCGUGAAUGAAGUCCCCGAUGUGGUGAAGGAGUCCAUCAGCGAGGCGCGCCAGGACCCUAAAGCGACCGCCAACCAAAAGGCUGUGGAAGAAAAGAAAGAGGUCGAACAAGAGCUCACCAAAAAGGUCAACUUGGAUGAGUCCACCGGCGCUCCUGCACCCACCGGAACUGCCGCCACUACUACCAAGGCUCCCGUGAAUGAAGUCCCCGAUAUGGUGAAGGAGUCCAUCAGCGAGGCGCGCCAGGACCCUGAAGCGGCCGCCAACAAAAAGGCCGUGGAAGAAAAGAAAGAGGUCGAACAAGAGCUCACCAAAAAGGUCAACUUGAAUGAGUCCGCUGGCGCUCCUGCACCCACCGAAACUGCCGCCACUACUACCAAGGCCCCUGGCGCUACCAACGCUGGUAUCACUGCUUCUCACCUGUCUACUGGUGGCUUUGACUCCAACGAUGUGUCCCCGACUUCGAGCCCGCCUCCGGGCCAUGCCGCACCUACGUCCGCGCCCACCUCCGCGCCUACUUCCGCAUUCAAGACCGAAACCAAAACUCAACCGACUGCGACUUCUGGCGACACUACCAAGGCCCCUGCCAAACAAGCUUCAACUGGUGCUGAGAGCACCCACAAGGAUGAGAAGAGGAAGCACCGCCUGAGCGGAUUCUUCAGCAAGCUCAAGGAGAAGCUGAAGUAA